AUGUGCAAAGAUGCAUGUGUCAAGGCGCUUCUAUCUCUUUCAUUGACACCAGCUGGGAAGAUAAUAGACAGCUUUACUCAAGACAUGAAGCUUGUUAAAAACAAUCCCGAACUUCUACAGACAUUUUACGAUUAUAUUUCUGAAAAGUACAGAAUUAAAUGCGAGGCAGGUAUUGCAUUGGUUGAAAAAAUGACAAUCACAAAUAGAUUUAAUGAACUUAUGGACAUCAAUGAUUCGACAAAUCAACUUAUUAAUAAAAAGCUUAUUCUGUACAAAUGGAUUAAGCCAGAACAUCUUGAACUUGGGAUAAACAAUGAAAGUCUGGAACAUUUGUUUCCAUUAUUCGAAGCCAUUGCUUCUCUUUCAACACCUACAGAAAAGAUUAUACAUUUAAUGCAAAUCAUAGAAAAGCUGUAUGGUACAAUAGGCCAGCAUGAAAAUCAAGGAGAAAUGCUUUCUGCAAUAAUAUACUGUAUCGUAAAAUCUUCUGUUCCUAACAUCUACUUAGAAGUGCAAUUUAUGGUUAAGUACAGAAGACGUAUUGUUGAUAUUUGCAUGCCUGAAUGCUUGCAUGGGAUAGGAAUCAGUAUACAUUGCAACUGUCCUGCACCAAGAAUGUAUGGCGAGAAGGAGAUUACAUAUUAUCUGACAUCAUUUCAGGCAGCAAUAGAUUUCAUUAGAAGAAUGGAGUAUUAUGAUUUGAAAAUCAAUGAAUCUGAAUUUCACAGAAAUAUAAUGGAAGCAAUAAAGUUAGUAAAGGAUUUCUAG